AUGGUGGGCAGCGCCGCCUUCGCCGACCGGCUAGGCGCCACCUCUCGCCGCGACGAGCGCGUCUCCUACAUCCUGCGCGAGCCGGAGACGCGCCACCGCUUCGGCAUCUCCGCGCUCGUCUUCGCCAAGGACCAGCUGUUCACGGCCGGGCGCGACGGCACCGUGCGUUCCUGGGAGAUCCCCGCCCCGCCGUACCGCCGCCCCGCCGCGGACAUCCCCGUCGCUGGCGCCGUGCGCACCUUCGACGAGCACGUCGAUUGGGUCAACGACGUCGUGCUCGUCGACCAGUUCGAGCGCCUGGUCUCGUGCUCGUCGGACACCACGCUCAAGGUCUGGAAUAUGAACGACGCCCGCCGCAGCCUGCGCACCCUCGUCGAGCACACGGACUACGUCAAGGCCCUCGCCGUCGUCCCUAGCGGCGUGGCUAGCGGCUCGCUGGACGGCCGCGUGCUCGUGUGGGACCUCGUCACGGGGAGCCUGCGCCUGGAGUGCGGCGUGGACCUCGAGGAGGGACAGCAGAGGAACGGAUCCGUGUACUGCAUGUCCGCGUCGGUUGAGGGGAACGUUCUUGUCUCUGGGUCUACAGAUAAGACUAUAAGCGUGUGGGAUGUACGCACCGGCGAUCGCGUCGUCCAUCUGCGUGGGCAUAGCGACUCUGUCAGGUGCUUGACCAUGAAGCAUGACGGGCGCAUGAUGCUGUCCGGCGGCUCGGAUUCUACGGUCAAGCUCUGGGACCUCAGGCAGGAGCGCUGCGUUCGUUCGUUCGACUCGUACGCUGACAGUAGCGUGUGGGCUGUGGCUUCCAAUUAUGAGUUUGACUCAUUUGUGUCCGGGGGGAGGGAUGGCUCUGUGUGGCACACGGAUAUUGCCGCGGAUGUUGCAUCCUUGGUCGUCGAAGUCGCGGAUAGUGACGUCAGAAGUAACAUGGUGCUGGACGUCGCCUUGACGCCGUGUAAUUCUGCCGUAUGGGUUAGUACCACGGGGUCCACUGUGCGGCUAUGGCCUUUGCCUCAGGAGGCGACGGGGAGAAUGACGGAUAGCGACGAUGCCUCCAAUGCGGCCGGUGCCAACGUUCCGACUGUGCAAGAAAAGCCUGCAGAUCUUGAAGCGGAUAUAGCGUUGCAGCGCCCCGCAGAUGUUCAUACUGAUCGUCCCUUGUGUUUGAUCCCUGGGUUGCCGGGGAUUAUAGCGCAAAAGAUCAUGAAUGACCGGCGACACGUUCUGACGUGUGAUACUCAAGGAGAGUAUUGCAUUUGGGACAUUACGAGGGGCGUUCUUGAAAAAUCGCUGGGUAUCAUCGAAGAUAGGGACAUAGACGAGGUGGCAAAAUCUCAGGACAAGGAAGUGUGCAUCCCAAGCUGGUUUCAGGUGGACAUCAGGCUUGGGUCUCUGUCUGUUCGACUCGAUAAGAGUAAUGCAGCAAACGCUGAAAUCUAUGCCGUAGAUGCUGGUCUCGACGCCGACACAGAAGAAGUGAAAGUGAACAUUGGUGAACAUGUAGUCCGUGCGCUCUUCCGGAAAUGGCACGAAGAAUACAAGAAGCGUAUCUCCAAUGGAGAAGAGAGUAUGGACCUUCGCGCGCGAAGCCCGCCGACGAAUGCUCAGAAAAAUGCUGCUGAUCGCGCAAACAAUCUACCUCCCUACAGUUUACCUAGUCAUAUCCCUGUCAUUGUCACUGAAGACCAAUCACCAGUACCCAUUCUCCGGCGAGUAGUUGGCAGCUUUCAAGGAAACGAACAGGAAGUGAUGCCAGGGUGGGUCCUUGACCUGAUUCGUGACGGAAAAGGACAGGUUCGGGAGGCAGUCAAGGUGAGCUUUGGGUUGGAACCUGAAGACGGAACCGGACUGCCACUGCUGAAACCCACCACGUUGACUGCUCCUAGGGUACUCCGAGUGAAAAAGGUUGCGGCCUAUAUCGCGAGAGAAUUCAAGGAACAAAACACUGGCGUCAACGUAAACCAAGAACAUCUUGAAGUGCUAUGCAAUGGAAAAGUGCUUCCGUCGUAUAUGAGCUUGGCCGCGGUGAGGCAAUUUAGAUGGCGAUCGCCGGACGAUUUGAAACUGAGCUUCAGGUUGAAGCCGGGCGUACAGGCCGUCUAAUGUUUACAUUUUGUACCCACAACUUUCUGACCGAGAUGCAUGCUCAACUAAGCCGCGCGCCCUCAAUCCGUCCUGGCAUUUGAGGAGAGCAAGAGAAAGGCUCAAGCGAGUUCUCUGCGCUGAAAUCGAUUUCGACAUUUUGCUGUGCAGCUAGUUCAGCAGAACUACGAUACCAUGUAACGCAUGAUGUGAACUGUUCACUUUCGUCGAAAUUUGAAUUCGGCGGCUUCUGUCGCAUUAUUUGGGAUAAGGUCUGGUCUCUCGGCUUUCAAAAGGCGCAGAAAGUCAGCAUGUGACUCGAGACCGAGCCGAGAUAUCGCUACGCUUUUCUCCAAAGCAAGAUACGAACGAAUGAUCGUUUUCAAGGCAAUGGCUUUCAUAGGGUCAAUCGAAGAGCUCAUAAGUGUCUUUUGUCGAAUGCUGCCAGUCUUGAACAGGGAAAAGAAUUUUGUAGCAUCUCGAUGUAUGGUCGCGGUGACCGCGGCCAUGCCAAAAUUCACGUACUGUGACUUGUACAUUUUCGGUGUUAUGCGUUUCAUUAUUGUUGCGAGUUCAAGAUUGUCAACGGAAAACACGCCAAAAUAGAGAAGCGAAUAUCCAACAAACUCGUCUCUACGUGCAGUAGCAGGGGAAGCAGCUGCGUAGUCAGUGUAUAUAUCGGACACGAGUCGACUUUGGCACGCAAGAUAAAAGCUCAUGUUUCCCCCCAA